AUGCGACUAGAACCGGAUCAAGUGCAAUUUGGACAAUGGCUCAGUAGUCUGGGAAACGGUACACUGCGAAUUCUUGAGCCCCGCCCCAUGAUAAAUGGCGUCGACGAUCUAAUUGAAGUACCGUCAGAGUGUGUGGUGGAAACAAAAGGCGAGCUAAUUGACAAUGUGUUUGGUGAACACCUGGACCAAGAUACGUCCAUGACAGCGAUACUCUCUCCAACAAACGUGUCCGCUAAAAAGAUAAACGCUCAUAUAUUGAGAAAAAAUGCACUAGAAGAGAGAGAAUAUCUCAGCUGUGACAGCUACACACUUGAUCCCAAUGACAAUUUUGACCCACCAAUUGAACUUUUGAAUUCAGUUGAAGAUCCCGGUCUACCACCGCACAGACUGACAUGGAAAAAGGGAGCCGUGGUAAUGCUUUUAAGGAAUGUUGAUUUACAAGCAGGCAUGUGCAAUGGAACUCGAUUGAAAGUUGUACAACUCCACGACCACACAAUAGACGUCGAGAUUUUGAGUAGAAAGCACAGGGGUGAGCAAUCACUCCUACCGUGUGUAAGAUUCAUCUGCGAGACAGAAAUUCUACCGCGGCCCCUCACUCGGUUGCAAUUCCCAGUCAAAGUCGGUUACGCCAUGACAAUUAAUAAAAGCUAA